CUACACUGAUGCAGCAGUACCGGAAAUGUCUUCUGCAGAGAGACGGGCUGUCUUUUCUGCCAUGAACAAAACCCUAGCUGCCAUUCAUUCUGUUGAUAUUUCAGCUGAAGGUUUAAAAGAUUAUGGAAAGCCUGGUCAGUACGUUAGUAGACAAGUUUCACGGUGGACUUGACAAUAUGAAGCUAGUAAGACACAUACCAUUGAAGCUAUGGACAAGCUGAUAGCUUGGCUACCUGAACACCUUCCGCAAAAAGAUCGAACGACACUUGUACAUGGUGACUAUAGGCUCGACAACUUAAUAUUUUCCACUGAUUCCGGAGACCCCAAAGUUGUGGCGGUUCUGGAUUGGGAAUUGUCGACGCUCGGUGAUCCUCUUUCUGAUCUAGCUUACAACUGCAUGGGUUAUCACUUGGGACCAGGAUUCCCUGCUUUGCAAGGUUUGGCAGGUGAAGAUUUGGAGUCACUAGGCAUUCCAACCGAGGAACAGUAUGUUGGCGAUUAUUGCCGGCAAAUGGGCUUUGAUAGUAUAGAAGACUGGCAGUACUAUUUGACAUUUUCGUUUUUUCGUGCUGCAGCCAUCCUCCAAGGUGUAUACAAGAGAGCCACACAAGGUCAAGCCAGUGCUGCAAACGCAGAAGCUGUUGGCAUGAUGACACAGUAUAUAGCCGAUCUUGGUUGGAGAUUUGCUGAAAAAUCACAAACACAAAAGUCAAAGCUGUAGCCAGUUGGCAUAGAACUGCGUUUCAUUUGUUUUCGUGUACGAAUACGAUAUCCCUAGAUAGAUACUCAAAUGCAGAGAAGUGCAGUUAUAAAACAUACAUGAUCUAGAUAUUCAAUUACAAGAGAUCAGCGCAAUUACAAAACAUAG